CCUCCAUCAUCCGCCUCCGUUUACGCAGAAGAAUCGGGUCAUUGAAUGUAGGAAGUCGAGCUUCCCACACCCGUCUGGCUCGCGCCCGCUCGAUCAUUUCCACUUCUUCAAUACUCGCAGGAAGGCCUCGCUCUGACGGUGAAAGAAGCCAGCGCCAGCAGCUCCGGAGGGGUGGUCCCGGCACGUAGGAAAUAAUCCGGGGUGUACGGCCAGUUGCUGGAGGGCCUGCUGUCGUUGUUCUGCGUUGCCACGGCAGCGACGGUCCAUAGAAUGUGGCGAUGGCUCAAAGGAGGGGUCCAGACGAAAGAAAACUGUUAUGACAAAGAACGUCAAAGAGGAAGGGUCACCUACAACUCCCAAGAUGCUCUUGGCCAAAGGCCGAACAUUCAGUGACCGACUUAUAUUUCAAUGUGGGGAGUGAGGUCAAGCUGAACUGCAGCAACAUGUCGAAGGACUUGAUGUCGAAGGAGAUUCUGUACAUCAUCUGGAGAAUGGACCUGGUUGGAAACAAGGAGUGUCAGGUGGGCUGGCAAAAGUCUAAGGGUUUAUUAGACACCUGCACUGACGGCAAGUCCCUGCGUGGCAUCUCGGAGUCUUGCUUCUCCCCGCACGGCAUCUCGGAGUCUUGCUCCUACCUGCACAUCCCCAACUUCUCUGAGCGCGACGCGGGCAUAUACAUGUACGAAAUGGCUUCUGUUGAAGGAACCCACACCUGUAACGUCAGCGUGUCCAUUGCAGUUCCUCCCAGUAUCUCCUCCUGGUUAGAGCUGAGGGACAACAACAGCAUGGUGGCCGUCUGCGCAGCGGAGGGAGGAAAGCCGGCCGCCAAUGUCACGUGGCGCCAUGCCGAAAUCGAGUCAGCCGUGGUGAUGCAGUGGCAUUCCGGUGGAUUGUUCUCUGUAGAAAGUCGCCUGAAAUUACUUGAGGGCCCGAAAAACGUAACAUGCAUCAUCAGGCAUCCAUACUGGGAAGCAGAGAAGACGUUGGUACCAAGGCUCCGAAAAGGUCUUCUUGAUACUGUUGUGUGCCUUCUCAUAGUUGUGUCAAUCUUGAUGGUCCUAGCUGCACUUUUAUUCUUUAUAUACAAAAGGAAAAUCAUGCUCAGAAAUUGCUUGAUCACAGACCGCUCGGCAGCCAAACCUGAGCCCGUUAUACACAAACCUGAGAUUGAGGGAGUAGAGGAAGUGGAGCCUUAUGCCAACUAUGUUCAACGUGUCAACUCCAUCUAUAACUCAUGAUGUGCAAAAAAAAAAAAAAAAGCAGUACCUGCACCACUUGACUACUGUACCUUAAGUUAUGAGUCUUAAAUGUAUGUUUACAUAUACUUCAGGUUGCUCGAGAACGUUAAUUGAAAGUAAAAUACAUAUUGUAUCCAUAUACCAUAUCUUUAAAUAUAUUUCUGCAACAUGACAUGCACUGCAGAAAUGUGACGUGUUGUUUUUUUCAAUGAGUGUUAUCCCCACAGUGCUGUUAUUAAAAAAAAUCUAACUUUUUUUUUUUCUUCUCUCUUUCUUUUAAAAUCAACUCAGAGGUGUAGCUGUUCACCAGUCAUCACAUGAAGUAAACCAGCACCAUUAUUUUCUGGUAUUUCUUGUUGUAUUAUUAAGCAGUUAUUCAUUCUACAAUACAUAACAUAUAGUUAUCAAACAUUGGUGGUAACCCAACGUUUUUAAAUGAAAUACCACCUCCAAGCGACACCAUCGUGGCUAAUAUAAAAUACUGUCUCAUGGAAGGCAUAACGGUUCUUAAAAAAACAAGACCUCUUUCUAAAAAGAUCUAUUUGAUAUUAUUCAUACAGUUUGAACAUGCUCUGUGCAUAAAUAUAAGGAAAACUAUUUGAUUAAAUUAAAAUGUAUUGAAGUCAAAAUAAGAUUUAACCUCCAUGUGCACUCUUCUCUGUUAGAAUUUGCUUACCUAGGUGACUGAUUCACAAUUUGGUUUUGUCUGAUAUCAGAGAUUAAAUAAAGAAAACCAACUGGCUGAUUGAUUUGUUUUAAUUGAGAGGAAAAAAAAACAGCAAAAGCAUUUCACUAGCUGACCAGGAGAUGGCGACAGCGUGGCAUCUGAAGACCAUGGAUUGUUUGUUCUGCUAUAGCCUAGGUGACUGAUUCACAAUUUGGUUUUGUCUGAUAUCAGAUAUUAAAUAUAGAAAACCAACUGGCUGAUUGAUUUGUUUUAAUUGAGAGGGAAAAAAAAACAGCAAAAGCAUUUCACUAGCUGACCAGGAGAUGGCGACAGCGUGGCAUCUGAAGACCAUGGAUUGUUUGUUCUGCUAUAGCCUAGGUGACUGAUUCACAAUUUGGUUUUGUCUGAUAAUAGAUAUUAAAUAAAGAAAACCAACUGGCUAA